AUGGGUGACUUGUACCAAGGCGGUCAUGGCCACGGUGGCAAGGGGUACGGUAGUGGUUCGUACGGGUAUCAAGGGAUGCACUGUAAUAUGACACGACCUUUUAUGGACUUGACAACGGAAGAACAGAAGUGUUUGGAUGAUCGAAAAUACUGGUGCUUUCUGCUCUCAAGGUACUGUAACAUUUUUUCUUGGAUUUUAGGUUAAUGGGUAUGUGUAGUAGUACUUGAAGGUAAUUUUUGGUACUGUCACUACUCUGCUCUAUCAAAUCUACUUUACUUUACUCUAUUUUUUUACUUUACUGUAUCAAAAACUACAUGUACUGUAACAUUAAUCAACUUAAUUUUUUAGUAUUGUUACCUUUUGUGUGUCAAUGCUGCUGGUCGUGUUAUGGCGAAUCAUCACACAUUUAUGUUGUCAACCGCCGGAACGAGAAGCCAUACCCCCGCCCCCACCCGAAUACUACAAAACUGGCUCAACCUCCGGCUCAAUAGCUGGUCCACCACUAACAAAGGCCGAGCUGAAUCGAGUGACGGCCAAAGAGGAACAGGUCCAGAUUGGCUGGAUGACCGAGGCCAAGGACUGGGCGGGGGAACUCAUUUCCGGUCAAAGCAUGACCGGUCGCAUCCUGGUGGUACUGGUGUUUCUACUGAGUAUCGGCAGUUUGGUCAUCUACUUUAUCGACACGUACAAGGACAGCUUCCAGGUAGAGACUUGUAUCCCGUGGUCGAAGAGUGCCACACAACAGAUCGAUCUGGGCUUCAAUAUCUUCUUUCUCAUCUACUUUUUCAUUAGGGUGAGUUUAAGUCAAACAUGUUGCUAGAGGUUGGUAAACAUGAGGAACAGCCCGGGCCUGAGCAAAAUUUAAGUCGGGCCGGACCUGGAAGUCCCGAAACCACGGCUCAUUUCUACGUAAUCAAAUCGGGCCGGGCUUGAGCAAAAAUUAUAUUGCGCCUGGCUUAAAAUUCAGACCCGGCCCAUUCCCCAUGUCUAGAGGAGGGGGUACGUAGGGAGGAGAAUCAGGGCGGUUUAAUUUUUGAGACCUUGGUCUUUGGGCCCAGGCUUACUAAGGCAAGGCAGGGAUUUCGCUGCAGCUCUUUUUUUUCUGGGAGUGAUAAAUAGAAGAAAAAGUUUUUAUAGCGGUUUUUUGAGGCAGGGUUAGGCAUAGCAAAGAAAUAAAGUUUUUAUAUUGUUUGUUAUAUGUUUGUAAAAAUGAAGAAGUGUAUUUUACAUUUUAGUUUAUCGCCGCGUCGGACAAAGUUUGGUUUUUGUUGGAUCGCUACAGCUUUGUUGAUUAUUUCACAAUUCCACCAAGUUUUGUGGCCAUUUAUUUGGAACGCAAUUGGAUUGGUAAGCUACUACAAUAUACAUUUUUAUAAAAAUUUUAUUUUUUCAAAAAUUAAAAAAUUUUUUUUGUGUGAAAAACCUUCUCCGUACCUCUGAAACAAAAAAAAAUUGUUUUUAUCCUCCCCCCCCCCUCCCCCCCCACCUUUCCCCCUUUUCAGAAAACCUAUAGUGACGUCCUUGCUUGGUACUAAGCCCCAAAACCCAUUUCAGGUCUAAGAUUCUUGCGUGCCCUAAGGCUGAUGACAGUGCCUGACAUUCUCCAAUACCUGAACAUAUUGAAAACGUCAUCUUCAAUCCGCCUCACCCAAUUGUUAUCCAUUUUCAUAUCAACUUGCUUGGCUGGAGCUGGGGUUAUUCACUUGGUAGGUAUAAAAAGGAUUGACAAUUUCAAAUAAUAGCCUAAUUUGUCAAUCGAUUUAUUAAUUUUUUAGUGGGUUUACCGUAUUUUACAAUUCUAACCAUAAAAAUUACGUUGAAACUGAAUGCCAAGGUUUGGCGGGAAAAAAUCAAUUCAAAUUUUUGAAUUUUCAAAAUUUUAGUUAGAGAACAGCGGCGAUCCAUGGAAGGAAUUCAUGAAUUCUCAUCGCAUUUCCUACCCAGAUUGCGUCUACUUUUUGUUGGUAACCAUGUCCACAGUAGGCUAUGGUGAUAUCUACUGUACUACAGUGCUCGGCAGAGGAUUCAUGGUCUUCUUCAUUCUUGGCGGCUUGGUAAGGACUUUUUACGCUAUUUUAAAAUUUGUGGUCAAAAAGUAAACAAAAAUUUUAAAAUUUUUUUAAAAUAAAUUAAAUAAAAAAAAUUUUUAAAAUGUUAUUUUAGGUAAUAAUUUUUUGAAAAAGUGAUAUAUUUUGAUCUAAAAAUCAUUAUAAACUAAUAUUUUUAGGCCAUGUUUGCCAGUUACGUGCCAGAAAUUGCUGAUUUGAUUGGAAAUCGCCAGAAAUAUGGUGGUGAAUAUAAAGGAGAACAUGGAAAGAGGUCAGUUUUUCAUUUUUAUAAUGUUAUUGAGAUGAAAAAAAAACAGAUUUAAUCUUUUUUGAUAAAAAAUUAUUUUUAACAGUAUUUUGAUUUUUUUUGAAAUUUUUGAAUUUUUUUAAAAUUUUGAAAUUUCAUAAAAAUUUUUUAAAAUUGCUUGAAGAAUUUUCAAAUUGAAAGAGGCGUUUUUUACAAAAAAAUUAAAUUUAUCAACAUAUACAUUCCAGACACAUAGUAGUAUGUGGCUACAUUACCUACGAAUCAGUCAGCCACUUCCUUCAAGACUUUCUCCACGAAGAUCGUGAAGAUGUAGACGUAGAAGUAGUCUUUCUACAUCGAGUAGUACCAGACUUGGAGUUGGAAGGUCUUUUCAAACGUCACUUCACCAAGGUCGAGUUCUUCACCGGCACAGUAAUGGACUCGAUCGAUCUGAGUCGAGUCAAAGUCGAUGAAGCUGAUGCUUGUAUUGUACUGGCCAACAAGUACAGUAGUGAUCCGGAUGCUGAAGAUGCUGCCAACAUCAUGAGAGUGAUCUCCAUCAAGAAUUAUUCAAGUGACAUCAGGGUUAUCGUGCAGUUAAUGCAAUAUCAUAAUAAGGUAGGUUAAUAUAGCAUAGUAUGAAACUUGUAGAAAAAAAAAUUGUAGAACAGAUACAUUUUUGUUUAAUUUACAUUAAAUUUAUUAAGAAAUGACAUUUUAUGCGUUUUUGGCCAAUUCUUCGAUCAAAAAUGGCACUGAAACAUAAUGCCAAGAUUUAACGGAAAAACUGGAAUUUAAAAAAUAUUUUUAAAUGGGUUUUUGAUUUACAUUAGAUUCAUUAAGAAAUGUUUUUUGAUACGUUUUAGACGAAUUGGUCGAUGAAAAAUGGCACUGAAACACAAUGCCAAGAUUUGGCGGGAAAAAUUGAAUUUAAAAAUAUUUUUUAAAAAUGGUUUUUGGUAUCUUAAAACCUUUUAAGAACUUUUUUUUGCAUUUUGGAUCACCUAUAAAUGGCAUUUUUAUCAAAAGAGGACGUUUAACUAGAAUUUAAAAUUUUGGCGGGAAAAUCGAAAAUCGAAAUUUGAAUUAUUUUUAAAAUUUUGUUUAUAAAAACUAGCCUUUUUAGAAUUUUUUUUUGAAAUUGUGAAGUUUUUAUAAGACUAAAAUGAAAUUGAUCCGUAUUUUACAAAAUUCAAAAAUUUUUGGUUUACUUUUUACCAUGAUAUUACUUUAGGCAUAUCUACUGAACAUUCCUUCGUGGGACUGGCGUCGCGGUGACGAUGUGAUUUGUUUGGCCGAACUGAAACUCGGUUUCAUUGCUCAAAGUUGUUUGGCACCAGGAUUUUCAACCAUGAUGGCCAAUUUGUUUGCUAUGAGGUCUUUCAAGACGGUAAGUCUAACAUAAUCUACUAUAAGUAAACACUACCGUAUAGCUUUUUUACAAUGAGCGUAUCAUUAUAGGUUGUUCAAGUAGUUUUGAGCUCUUUAUCUAUGCAAAUUGUUGGUUGGGAUUAGGGGCUCAGAAUUAUUUGAUAUUAUAAUAUAACUCUAUGUCUAUAUUUUGAACUUUUAAGUUUGAUAACAGUUUGGGUUGAAGUUUUGACUUACUGACAGAGUCUCCAAGUCAUUUUUUGUUACCUUGCCAUGUGUGUCCUCGUCUCAAUUGUCCACAGUAGUUUCGUUUUUGCAUUUUUGUGGUUUUUCAGUCGCCCAACACCCCCGAAUGGCUCAACGAGUACCUUCGUGGAGCUGGCAUGGAGAUGUACACGGAGACCCUGUCCCCGUCCACUGUCGGACUAACAUUCCCCGAGGCUGCCGAGUAUGUUUUAACAAUUGCAUGUUUAUAACUUGUCCGUCUGUGACAGUUUUUAAAAUACAGUUCAAAGUCAGUAUAACGUGCUUCUAUGCAGUAGAACUUUUGUAUAACAAAUUGCCUCAGGGUUUGAAAUUUGUUCAUCAUAAGGGGGUAUUUUUAUACAAAGUUUGAAAAAUUGAAGUAGUUAGAAAAGCACGGUAGGGCAAGCUAGAUUAAGGCGGGGUACAAUGGGCUGUUUAAGGUUGGGUAUAGAUAUGAGGAACGGUCCGGGCCGGGCCUGAGAAACAUUUUGAUUGGACGGGCUUACCAUUCAGGCCCGGCCCGUUCCUCAUGUCUAGUUGGGUAGGGUAAGCUGAGUAAAAGUGAAUAGGGUAUGGUAAAAGCAAGUAAAAUCAAAUACAAUCUGAAAGCUUGAAUGACGAACUUCUCUAUAAGGAAUCGACUGGAAACUUAAAAUUUGUUCUUUAUAGAGGAGUUUCGUUAUACAGGGUUUUCGUUAUAGGAGAGUUUCGUUAUACAGGAGUUUCACUGUACUUCAAAAAAAAUUUUAAAUUUUGAACUUUUUGAAAAAAAAAUUAAAAACGAUGUAAAAAUGGGUUAAAAAUGAUAAAUAUGGUCUACUUUGGCAACGACACUUUAUAAAAAUUAGUAUUAGAUAAAAUUUGAUACUUUUAUGCUUUUUAAGACAAACUUUAAAAUUUUCGAAAUUUAAAAAAAAAUAAAAAAUUGAGAACUUUUUUAAUGCCAUUAUAAAAUGACAUAAGGUAGUUUUAAUGCCAUUAUAAAAUGACUUAAGGUAGUUUUAAUGUCAUUAUAAAACAAAAUCAAAAAAAACUUUUUUUAUUUUACUUUUUUGGUCUUUCAAACUUUAAAUGACGGGAGGAAAUGUCAUUUGGCCACGUCAUUCUUAACUUUGCUGGCAUUUGCAGGCUAAAUAAGCUCUUUUUUGGCCCUAAAUAGUAUGUAAAUGGCUUUGGAGCACUAAAUAUUUUAAGCAUUAAUCAAGAAAGCAUUAAACAUUAGUUUAUACUUGUACUAGGAUUAAAGAAACAUAUACUAUACGUACUAGGGCCAAAAGAAAUGAUACUAUACGUACUAUGAGAAAAAUAAAUCGUGCUAUUAGGUUGUUCAAAUAAUUGUGAGCUCCCUCUCAAGGCAAAAUUUUUAGGGUUAGACGACUCAGAAUUAUUUGAACAACUGUAAAGGAUCAAGAAAUUCGAAAAAUUACUGAAAUUUUUUGAGGUAUUGGCUGGAAAGAAAGUUCUUGCGGAUUUUAAAUUUUUUUCAAUUUUUUAACUUUUUUGUAAAUUUUUUAAAAUACGUUAUUUUAUUAUCGCUUUUAAGUUUUUCUUUUUUUAUGACCGUAAAGAAAGUUCUUGGGGAUUUAAAAAUUUUUUUAAUAUAAAAAAAAUUGGUCCAAAAUUUAUGUGUAAACAAAGUUUUUGCGGAGGAAUAACAACUUGCGGUGUCCCUAACAUCUCGUCAUAACAUAAGUGUCAAGAGUUCCGGUACUAUUUUGCAUGAAAUCUUGGUACUGGAUGGUACUGAAAAUUUGGUACUAUAUAGCAUAUUAAACUAUUCAAUACUUAUACUUUAGUACUACUUUGUACUAAAACUUUAGUACUAUUUAGUACGAAAACUUUAGGACUACUUAGUACUAAAACUUUAGUACUACAUAGUACUAAUACUCUAGUAAUACUUAGUGCUAAACUUCAGUACUAUUUAGUACAAAAUCGUUAGUACUACCUAGUACGGACUUAAUAGUACUAUAUAGUACCAAAUUUUACAUUUUACUAGUAAUAGUACCAAUAAAAAAACCCCGACUAUUUUUGCUAAUUUUUUAGUCCAAGCACACGCCGGACUGGCUAAGUCUUUACUUAUGCGGUGCCGGAAUGGAGAUGUACACGGACACUCUAUCCCACUCAUUUGUGGGAAUGAGCUUCCCUGAAGCCGCGUUGUAAGUUGUUAACGAGUACUUGAAACAGAAACUAAAGCAAAAUGAAGUUGGGAACGGGAAGAGGAUCUAAAAUUUUGAAAAAUAAGUCGAAAUGGACAGAAAAUGCAAAAAGAAAUGGCAUAAAAUGAAGAAAAGUGUCGAAAAUUGAGCGAAAAAUUAUUUUUAAAGUUAGAUUUAAAAAUUUUGAAUUAUUAAAUUUUUAAAAAAGUGUCAGAUAUUGAUGUAGCUAUGUCUACUCAACAUGUUUUAGUCAUAUUCAAAAAGGUUUAUGGUAUAAAGUGGCAGUUUCAUAUCAAAAAGUGUUCCGAAUCACUGAAAAAAUGAGUGAAAAAUCAGAGUUAAGGUUAGAAAUAACGGUCGAUUUAAAAAUUUCGAGUUUUGAAAAUUAAAAAAAAACGUUUUGACAUUGACGGCCUGAAGUCUACUGAGUAAUUUUUGGCAGUUUAAAGAAAGGUUAAGUUUAAAAUGGCAGUUUUGGAAUCAAAAACUUGUCAAAAAACAGAAAAAAAUUGUCAAAAAUUAAUGGUUUUUCAAAGUUUUUGCCAUUUUUUAUUAGAUAUUGAUGGCAAAAUCAAACAAUAGUGCAUGAAUAAAUUACCCAUAAGUCUUCUGGGAAAUAGUGUACAACAGUGUUCUAAAAUUUCUUUAUAAAAAAUGUACAGUAAGCAAAGAAGAAUUUAUAAUCGAGGCCAAGAAGGGCAAAAACUGUCAUUUUUUAAAUUUAUUUUUAAAUAAAAAAAAAUUAAAUUUUAAAAUCUCAAAAAAGAGGUUUAUUUUGAACAUCUUCGACCUACAGUAAAGAAAAAACUCAAAGUGAAAAUUUAGGUUACUCUUCAAUCGUCUUGGCCUACUACUACUGGCUAUUGAACUGAAGGACGAUGAGAAGAAGGAGUGUAAUAUUGCCAUCAAUCCAGGCCCGGCUACUAUUAUUCAGCCACAAACUCAAGGAUUCUUUAUUGCUCAAUCGGCGGACGAGGUGAAGCGGUAAGGCUUAAUGUUAAAUUUUUCAAAUUUAACGGAAAAUUAUUGGCGGGAAAAUAAAAACUUGAAUUUUUUAAAUAAAGGAAGUGACUUUACAGAUAAAUUAUACUUUUGAAAGUUGACAAAACACGUUACAGUAUGAUGAAAAGUUAAUUUUUAUCACGGCUAACCCAUUGAAACAGAAUACCAAAAUUUGGCGGGAAAAUAAAAAUUUUGAAUUUUUUAGAUAAAAAUAGUUUUAAAGUUAAGGUGUACCUUUCAAAUUGCGACGAAACACAUUACUGUGUCAUAAAAAGUCAAUUUUUAUCAAAUUAAGCUAUUGAAACAGAAUGCCAAAUUUGGCGGGAAAAUAAAAAUUUGAAUUUUUGAAAUAAAUUAUUAAAAAAAAACAAAAAAUAAAUAAAAUAAGUCUAGUAUACCAUUAAAAACUUAAUUUUAGAGCCUUUUACUGGUGCAAACAAUGUCACGAAGACAUUGUUGAUGUCGCGCUGAUCAAGAAGUGCAAGUGCAAGAACUUGUCGCUGUUCCGAAAGGGCGGCAAGCAAGUUCAGCUAAUGAAGAGAGGUAAUGUCGGUAUGUGAUUUUGCUUUAUGUUUUGCUUCUCCCUACUAUUACGCUUCGGAACCUACUGUAGCCUAGUUGCGCUACUGUAAUGGAUACUGUAACUAAUUGAGCUACUGUACUUGGUGCUGUAUUUUACUGAGUACUGUAGCCGUUUUAGUUACUGUAAUGGGUUGUGUUGCUUAUUGAGCUAUCGUAAUGAGCACUGUAGCUUACUGAACUACUGUAUCGGGUAGUGUAGUCGGGUUUCUAACGUUCUUCCUAAGAUACUGUAGUUAUACCAUUUCAAAGGUAAUGCUUAUUGAAAGUGAAAUUUCGGUAUUGUGAAUAACAUUGUGAACGCAUUGAACUGCUCGUACUGGUGACAUAACAUGAUGUAUAUAGCAUUGUAGUAUGUGGGCUAUGUACAUGUACAAAUUUAAAAAAUAAUUUAAGGUUACUGUAACGUGUACAGUAUGAAAACGAUUUUUUAACAAUUUUUCUUUUCAAACUGCACCCCUCCCCCCCUGCCUCUACCUUUACUUUACCCCUACCCCUACCCCUACCCCUACCCCUACCCCUACCCCUACCCCUACCCCUACCCCCUACCCCUACCCCUACCCCUACCCCUACCCCUACCCCUACCCCCUACCCCUACCCCUACCCCUACCCCCUACCCCCUACCCCUACCCCUACCCCUACCCCUACCCCUACCCCUACCCCUACCCCUACCCCCUACCCCUACCCCUACCCCUACCCCUACCCCUACCCCUACCCCCUACCCCCUACCCCUACCCCUACCCCUACCCCUACCCCUACCCCUACCCCCCUACCCCUACCCCCUACCCCUACCCCUACCCCUACCCCCUACCCCUACCCCUACCCCCUACCCCUACCCCUACCCCUACCCCUACCCCUACCCCUACCCCUACCCCUACCCCUACCCCUACCCCUACCCCUACCCCUACCCCUACCACUACCCCCUACCCCUACCCCUACCCCCUACCCCUACCCCUACUCCUACCUCUACUCCUAACUUUACCUCUACCCCUACUGCUUUUGCCUCUGCUCUUCUAUACCAUACCUCAGCCCUCCCCCCUUUCCUUCUCCCCUGCCCGCCAUAAAAAAGAAAAAAGUUUCAAGCAACUUCACCUACAUCAAUAUACAAAUCCCAAUCUAACCUUACUAUUUUUAUAGCCUCAACCACCGUGAACAACCCCCACCUAACGGUACCAAAAGGACCAAUGGUGAACAAUGGUUUUGUGAGUCGUGACAACCCAGAGAUCAUCAACCUGAACGCCUCGCCCAAUGCCAAAGCUACUCUGAUCAACUUUGAUAACAGAAUUGACAUCGGCUCCUUCGAACAGCAGGACAUGAAGUACGAUAGUACUGGAAUGUUCCACUGGUGCCCGUCGAGGACCAUCGAAGAAUGCAUUCUGGACCGGUCUCAAGCAGCAAUGACAGUACUUAAUGGACAUGUGGUGGUGUGCUUGUUCGCUGAUAAGGAUUCACCUCUGAUUGGGCUGAGGAACUUCAUCAUGCCUUUGAGGUAGGGGCUUUAUAAGGGUUGGGUCACAGUUAAAUAGACAUGAGAAGCGGACCCGGCCUGAAAAUUAGGCUCGGCUCGAUCAAAAUUUUGCUCAGGCCCGGUCCGAUGGUAGGCGUAGGGGUAGGGUGGGAGCAGGGGUAAGGGUAAGAGUUAGGGCAGGGUUAAAGUUUCAGUUUAAACUAAAAAUUUUCCAUUUCAGAGCCUCCAACUUCCAUUACCACGAACUGAAGCACGUUGUAAUCGUCGGCGAUGCUGAAUAUCUGAAGCAUGAAUGGAAGACCCUUCACAACCUGCCAAAGAUUUCAAUUCUAAAUGGCAAUCCACUCUCUCGAGCCGACCUUCGAGCAGUCAACAUCAACCUAUGUGACAUGUGUGUCAUCGUAUCAGCACGAAUCCCGAAUCCGAAUGAAGACCCGACUCUGGCUGAUAAGGAAGCUAUCUUGGCUUCGCUUAACAUCAAGGCCAUGCAAUUUGAUGACACCUUAGGCUUUGGUCAAGGUAGAUCAGGCAUCUCACCUCUAGGGUCACCAGCUCUACCUUUGGCCAAAAGAGGCGCCAGAAGCGGGACCAAUGUACCAAUGAUCACAGAGUUGGUGAAUGACAGUAAUGUACAGUUCUUGGAUCAGGAUGAUGACGAUGAUCCGGAUACGGAGCUGUAUCUGACACAACCAUUCGCUUGCGGUACUGCUUUUGCUAUUUCUGUACUGGAUUCGUUGAUGAGUACUGUAAGUUUUUUUUUUAAAGUUUGGUAAUUUGUCGUAUUUUACUCUGCUUUACUUUAUUCUACUUUUCUUUAUCAUAUCUUAAGCUUCUCUACCUGACUUUAUCAUACUUUAUCUUACACUACCUCAUUGGGCUCUCCUUGUCAUGCCUUGCCUGGUCACGCCCUGUAUGCUCUUCCUUGCCCUGCCCUGCCCUGCCCUGCCCUGCCCUGCCCUGCCCUGCCCUGCCCUGCCCUGCCCUGCCCUGCCCUGCCCUGCCCUGCCCUGCCCUGCCCUGCCCUGCCCUGCCCUGCCCUGCCCUGCCUUGCCCUGCUCUGCCCUGCCCUGCCCUGCCUUGCCUUGUCUUGCCCUGCAUUGUCACGCCUUUUCCUACCGUGUUCUGUCUUGCUGUUCAACCCAGUCUUUUGCUACAUUACCUUGGCCUGUUCUGUCUUGCCUUUCCUUGCCUUGCUUUGCCUAGUCUUGUCUUAUCCUAUUGCCUUACACUAAUCUACCUUAUCUUAACUUGUACUACACUACUUUACUGUACCAUAACUUAAUCUACUAUACUCUAUCUUACUUGUUUGACAUCUUGCUAUUUUCGUAACGUUACCUAUACUUACUGUAACAUUAGCCAUGCAAAAAACUAAGAUGUUUGAGCAACCGUAUUUUACAAAAACGUUCUUUUUAAUUUAGACCUACUUCAAUGACUCCGCGUUGACAUUGAUUCGAACAUUGGUAACCGGUGGUGCAACGCCGGAAUUGGAGCUUAUUUUAGCUGAAGGAGCAGGAUUAAGAGGUGGCUACAGCACUCAAGAGACGUUGUCAAACAGAGAUCGAUGUCGAAUUUCACAAAUUUCAUUGGCUGAUCAUCCUUACGAUGGGAUUGUGGUGGGUUUUUAAAAAAAUGUAACAUUUAGGCCAGGGGGUUUGUUGCGGAGUUUGAUGCAGAAUGCCAAGAUUAUUUGAUUAUUCUGGUGAAAAAUUGUGCUACCGUAUUUUACAAUAUUGGGCUGAAGAUUCUAUAGGAAUAUUAGGGUAUUUUAGGAUAGGGAAGGGUAGGGUAGGGUAUGGUAGAGUACGGUAAGGUCGGGUACGAUAGUAUAGGGCAUGGUAAACUAAAACUUAAUUAAAUUUCAAAAAUUUCAGUCCGGUUCAACCUACGGUGAGAUGUUCAGUGUAGCAUUGAAAAAGAACGGCCAGCUCUGUGUAGGCUUGUACAGGCUACACGAUCAAGCCUCAUUGGAGUCCAACAAGCGAUAUGUAAUCACGAAUCCACCUGCUGAGCUGAGGUUGCUUAUAAGCGACAAUGUAAGUUUUUUUUUUAAUUUUAUUAGCACUGGCUCAUUAUUUUUUGAACAGAAUUUUUUUAUAUUUUUUUGGCACAAAAGUUCUUGGACUUACAAUUUUAAAAAAAAAUUUUAAAAAUAUUACCCAUGUCAUUCCAGGUAUACGUACUAGAACAGUUCGAUCCGGGGCUAGAGUACGAGCCGAUGGAUCGUAUGAUGAUGUCCUAG